AUGCAUUCACAACUAUGGACCCUAAUUGCGGAGGCAGAACGAUUGUCAACAUUGGCGAAAACUGGCUCAACGAAAGACGUGAUGUCUAUUGCUCUUCAGCAACAUUAUCUUGUUCGAGCUCUUCAGCUCAACAAGGCUAACGAUGAAGCGUGGCUACGACUCGCGUUACUCUACUACACCAAUGGAGCGAUGGUCGAAGCUCAUCUCACGAUAGAAACGGCUCUGAAGCAUAAUCCGCAGCUCGCUGAAGCGUGGUGUGCCUGGGCACUGAAAGCCGAAUCCGAAGGACUCGAUCAUGAAGCUAUGGAUAUGUAUCGCCACUCUAUUUCAAUCAAGCCUGUGCCUGCUGCGGUAAUGAAAUAUACUUCGUUUCUGUGCCAGUCGUUACGGGUGAAGAGUUUUGAUCCGGCCACGGUGAUGAUCGAUUUCAGUAAAGUUCUACGUUUGAGAGAUGAGAUGGAAUCCUCCGAUAAGCCCCUUUUGUUGCAUAUUGGAGUACUUGCUGAACUUUUCGGUCACUAUGAAGAUGCAGCGCAGUGUAUCGCAGACAGCGGCCGCAGCGGGCCACACCUGCAGAGAGCUCGAAUGUAUGUUCGUAUUAUUGUCGUAUUUAAUACACUGUUCUAUGUAUUUGAUCUAUGCGACGCCUAUAUUUGUAUGGCAGAGCUGAAUAAGAAAGCAAGCAUUUCCUUGGCUUUCAUUUGUGCUAUUACACCUUUUGACUCGUUCACAUAG